UCAAGUAACUGAUGUAAAAAAGAUUAUGUCCCAAAAUAUUGAUGAAAUUUUGGAAAGCGAAAAUAGAUUGAAUAUCUUCACUGAUAGAACCAAUGACCUCCAAACAACUGCCAAAGAAUCCCAAAAAACAAGAAAGAUUCUUAGGAGGAGAAUAUGGUGGAAACACUUCAGAAAGAUCAUAAUCCUCACUGUGUUAAGAAAACUGAAGGACAAGCAGUGUCACUUGCCUGAUUCCACUGGGCUAGUAAAAGGAAACAGGAUCAACAAAUGAAAACACCACUUGCUGUGGGGGUGCAGGCGGACUACACCAGGCACUCAUCCAUCAAAUGGC